CAGAAAUAGAUACCCUUGAUUUACUUUUUAAAUCAAUAUACGAUGUCUUUCUCUAUUCCAAAUCCGAAAAGAUGAGUUUAGACAAAUUCCCAAAUUCGUUGUCGCCACCCGAAUGCCGCUCCAGACUGAGCCGUCGGACCGAUUGCAAUGGCACCGCCAAUUUCUUGCUGGCGGGUUGUCGGGCUUCCUGGAGAUCGUCUGCUUCCAUCCGCUCGACGUUGUCAAAUCCCGGAUGCAGGUGCAGGGAGCUCAUUCCGUCAACGGUGAGGUGAUCUACAGAGGAACCCUGGACGCCAUGGUCAGUAUUUAUCGCUACGAGGGCCUGAGUUCCCUGUGGAAGGGCAUUGUGCCACCGCUGUGCGUGGAAACCCCCAAGAGAGGCGCCAAGUUCAUGGCUUACGAGCUGCUAAAGCCCUACUUCCAUUUCGGCUCGCCUCAUCCGACGCCAUUGACUCACGCCGUUGCGGGGUCAGUGGCAGCCACGCUGGAGUCCUUUGUGGUGAAUCCCUUCGAGGUGGUCAAGAUCACACAGCAGACCAAUCGGGAGAAGCGCCUUAAAACUCUGGCGGUGGUUAAGCACAUCAUCAAACACGAUGGCUAUGGCAUCAAUGGACUUUAUCGCGGAAUCACGGCCCUCGCGGCCAGAAAUGCUGUCUUCCACUUUGGCUUCUUUGGCUUUUACAAUGCACUGAAGGAUUGGGCUCCCGUCUCGCAGGACUCCGCCUCGCAGCUCCUGCGAAGGGUCAUCUUUGCCGGAGUGGCCAGCUCCCUUGCCUGCCUGAUGAGCGUCACUUUGGACAUGGCCAGGUGCCGGAUCCAAGGACCUCAGCCGGUGAAGGGAGAGGUAAAGUACAGGUGGUGCAUAAGUACGAUCAAGACGACCUUCAAGGAGGAGGGAGCUCGGGGCUUGUUCAAGGGCCUGGGUGCGAUGGUAAUGAAGGUGGGUCCAGGCGGAGCCCUGCUGCUUGUGACCUACGAACAUUUAAAUGAAUUUUUUAAAGAUAUAAAUUUGUAGUCCCUUUUAAACAAAAAGUCUUCGAGUGAGAGCAUUCAUUUAAAACUAGUGACAUAAUUACAACCUAAAAAGAUCCUAAAGAAUUAAACCACGUAUAUGAAACAGCUAA